ACCAAAACAAAACCCUAAUAAAGCCUUACUCCCUUUGCCCCCUUCAUUUCUUCUGCAGCAGCUGCGAGAGAAACAAACUGAACAACAAUGGAGGCCGGCAAAACUGUUAAAGAUGUUUCUCCUCACGAUUUCGUCAAAGCUUAUGCUGCUCAUCUUAAGCGCUCCGGCAAGAUGGAGUUGCCUCAUUGGACUGACAUCGUCAAGACUGGUAAGCUUAAGGAACUCGCUCCAUACGACCCCGACUGGUAUUACAUUAGAGCCGCUUCAAUGGCAAGGAAAAUCUACCUGAGGGGUGGACUUGGAGUUGGUGGAUUCAGGAGGAUUUAUGGAGGAAGCAAGAGAAAUGGUAGUCGCCCUCCCCAUUUCUGCAAGAGCAGUGGUUCUGUUGCUCGUCACAUUCUACAGCAAUUAGAGGAAGUGAAAAUUGUCGAAAUUGAUCCUAAAGGGGGAAGGAAAAUCACAUCAAGCGGCCAGCGAGAUCUUGAUCAAGUGGCUGGCAGAAUUGGUGUUGAAGUGUAAGAAGGCUGGGUUGCACUCUUACAAUUUAAAGCAUCAAUGGAUUGUUUUUUUGACUCAAAAAUGAAAACUAGUUGUUGAGGGGCGUAAAGCAGAAUUUUACCUAUUGUGGCUUAUGUUGAUUCUUAGUUUUGUGAUGUUGUGCUAGUUGUCUUUGAGAUUUUUUGUCUGCGGACGACACAAGAUUAUGAAAUUAAUUUACCUCAUUUUUGUUGUGGUUGUGCUUAACUUUUAAUUUGCUUCUCUUUAUGAUAAACUUAAAUCCAUGUGACUUUG